CGAUGGUUCAGUUGGAAGGGAUGCUAAAACGACCGUUGCCGAAAUUUAGUGUUAAUUUAAUCACGUUUCCAAUCCGUCAGUGUUUAAAAGUGAAUGAAAUUAAUCAGGAAAAACGUUUCCCGUGCAUUAGUGUUUUGCGUGUCAGUUAAAUUGCUUGUGUGGUACGGUGCUGAAUGUUUUUGUGUCGUUUAUAAUAAUAGGAUCAGUGGAAGAUUCGUUAUAUUGGAUUACGGACGGUGUUUAUUUAAUUUUCGAGAAAUAAAGAUAGUGUUGUGCUCGUGCCUGUGAAGUGCAUCGAUGAUACUCUAGGAGCUCGGACGGGCGCCACGCUGCUCGGAUUUAUCAUAUAGGGGCGGUGUGUGAGUGUCGCACCGCCAUGUCGCACCACAGCGACGAGCAGUCCAUGCUCACAGUCACCUCCGACUCCUUCUGGGAGCCUGGUAACUACAAGAGAACAACCAGGAGGGUCGACGAUGGACACAGGCUAUGCGGAGAGUUACAGGCCCUAGUACAAGAAAGGGCUGAUAUAGAGAAGACUUAUGCCAAAAGUUUAAGGGGCUGGGCGAAGAAAUGGAACGAUCUUAUAGAAAAAGGACCUGAAUACGGCACGAUGGAGGCGGCGUGGAAAGGCGGCAUGGUGGAGGCGGAGCGGCUGUCCGACCUGCACCUCGCCGUGCGCGACCGGCUCGUCAACGACGUCAUCGCGCAGAUCAAGAACUGGCAGAAAGAUACCUACCACAAGUCAAUGAUCCAGCUAAAAGAGAGGAAAGAAAUGGACGAAGCGUUCAAGAAAGCACAGAAGCCCUGGGCGAAACUGCUGCAGAAGGUGGAGCGCACGCGGCUAGAGUACCACACGGCGUGCAAACAGGAGCGGACCGCGCAGAACCAGGAACGGAACGCGGGCGGGGACAGCUCGCUGAGUCCUGACCAGGUUAAGAAAAUGGCGGAGCGCGUAUCGAAAUGCCGCGAGGAAGUGUCCAAGUCCCGAGAGAAGUACCAAGCGGCUCUCGCCGAGAUCACCGCCUACAAUCCUCGGUAUAUCGAGGACAUGAGCGGUGUCUUCGAGCGGUGUCAGCAGAUGGAAGCACAGAGACUCACGUUCUUCAAGGACGUAUUGUUCAGCUUCCACAAGUGCCUAAACAUCAGCCAGGAGCCUACAUUACCCCAACUCUACGAAGAGUUCCACCACACGAUAAACAACGCGGACCACCAGAAGGACCUGAAGUGGUGGGCGAACAACCACGGCGUUAACAUGGCCAUGGCGUGGCCUCAGUUUGAGGAGUACACGGAGGAGUUCCGCGAGAUCGCGAAGGGCAAGAAGGAGUCGCUGCCCACCGCGCCCAUCACGCUGCUCAACCAGCGCCCAGUCAGCGAGGACGAGCUGCCCCCGAUCACGAACAACAAAAUGGCGCCGAAGGCCAACCACGAGCCGCCGGCCAACCACAACAACACCGCGAACGUCAACAACACGAACAACAUCAAGAAGGAGACAAUUAGCGCGCCUAUUGCUGUCACGAACGGCACAGCUUCCGCACCAAAAUCCAACAAGAGCUCGCCCGCCAAAGAACCGCCCGGCAAACCGCAGGAGAAUCCGUUUGAAGAAGACGAGUGGGAUGAGGAGUCUGGCGGAGCCCUGACUGAUACAGGGGAGCCGGGGCAGCCUGUGAGAGCGCUGUAUGAUUAUACUGGAGCGGAGAGCGAUGAGCUCAGCUUUAGACAAGGCGACCUUUUCGAGAAACUAGAAGACGAGGACGAGCAAGGCUGGUGCAAGGGGCGCAAGGACGGGCGCGUCGGGCUCUACCCGGCCAACUACGUGGAACCCGUCGGCCACUAACCCGAGCGACCCGAGCGACCCGACUGCCAAGCCAAACACGAACACUAGCCGGUUACGAGAUACAACAAGGAUCUUAGGCACUCGUCCCACCAAAAGCACAGUAUAAUAAAGAGUACUAUCGUACAGUAUGGCCACUCCCGCUCCCCGCUAAAAGUUCCGCCCACCCCCUCUCGGUUACCUCACAGUUACCGCCUGUCAAAAACGCGAACAGUCGACCUGUCAAAUUUCACUUAUACAAGCAUAGUACGCGUUCACCUACACGAACUUAGACUGUGUGCUAGGAACGCGCCUCUUUCAUAUAUUUGAUCGCCAGUGUCCGAGGUGUGCCAAAGUGGCAAAAGGUAUCUUUCGUUUCUAUCGCCGUCAGCUCUUCGAUUACUCGCUUUAGUGAGACUAGUGCCUAAAAUAAAAAGUCCUUGACUAUGUCAGUGCAACUCUGUUCAAAUUAUGAUCGAUAUAAUACGCAAGUGUGACGCAAAACUCAAAAUUAACGGCGUGGAUGGAACAUUCAGUCCGUCUAAGUAGCUAAUCAACAUAUUUGUAUUUAACAAAUAUUUAACACACUCGAGGACGCACACUUAAGCAGGAUGGCCGUGUCAGACUUCAAUAAAAUCACUUAAAAAAAUUAAAAAUGAGAGGGACUCAAUCGAUCAUUCAACGAAUAAUGCAAAUGGCAUUGUUUAUUUAUUUUUUAUCAUAUGUCAACGGUUGUGCUGGCUAUUUUCGGAUCAUCAUUAAACUUUUUUUGCGUUUCAAACACUCUUGUGGCCCAUUUCUCAAAGCUUAAAGGAAGUCUCUUUGUAACUCAAUAUUUAUAACUUAUUACACAAUUAUUAAUUGAAUGACAGUUCCUGUUUCAACUGGUCAUAUUAGACAGCUACUACAA